CCUUUAUUUACGAAGCUUCGCCAGCUUCCCUAGCUCUUAUUUAAUCCCAUCCCUACUGAUUAUAAUUACUCGUCUAAUCACCACCCGACACCAUGUCCGACGUUCAGAAGCCUGUCGAGGAGACUCCUGCGGCUGCCCCCGCCGUUGCUCCUGCUACUGAAGCGCCUGCUGCCACCGAAACCCCGGCCACCGAGACCCCCGCCGCUGAGGAGCCCAAGGAGACUCCCGCUGAGACCACUGAGGCUGCUGCCCCCGCCGCCGCGGAGGAGUCCAAGACCGAGGAGACUCCCGCUGAACAGCCCAAGGAGGAGCCCAAGCAGGAGGAGGUGACCCCCGCUUCUGAGGGUGUCCUGGGUUACAAGGCCCCCGGUCUCGUCAAGGGCCUCCGUUUCGCCAAGCGUUUCUUCUACUUCAGCGACGACGCUGUUGAGUCUAAGCAGCUGUCUGCCUUCCACCAGAACGAGAAGGCCGCGGUCGCCAACCCCAUCGCCGCCUGGGCCAGCCAGACCGGCAAGGGUCUUCUGUUCUUCACCAAGCGCGCAGAGGACAAGGCCUCCCCCGCCGGCAUCUUCAACCUGGCUGAUGUUUCCGACAUUGCCAAGGAGGGCUCCACCGAGCUGCACUUCAAGGUCAACGGCCAGAAGCACACCUUCCAGGCCUCCAGCACCUCCGAGCGUGACAGCUGGAUUGCCGCCCUCGAGGCCAAGGCUGCUGAGGCCAAGGCUGAGAAGGAGGCCGUGACCUCCAGCGAGGGUUACAAGGCCGAGCUCGAGAAGCUGAGCAAGCCUGCUGUUGCCGAACCCGCUAAGAAGGCCGAGCCUAAGGAGGAGGCUGCCCCCGCCGAGGACAAGAAGGAGGACAAGGCUGCCUCCAAGAGCCGCUCUCAGUCUCGCAAGAGGGCCAGCAUCUUCGGAACUCUUCUUGGAAAGAAGGAGGAGGCCAAGGAGGAGGCUGCCCCUGAGGAGAAGAAGGAGGAGAAGGAAGAGAAGAAGGCGGAAACCCCUGCCCCCAAGUCCAAGCGUGCUUCUCUUUUCGGCAACUUCUUCCAGAAGGUUACCAGCCCCUCCCACGAGAAGUCGGAGAAGGAGGCCACUGCUCCUGCCGAGACCGCUGUUGCUAGCACUGCUCCUCAGCUGGACAACCCCGUUGAGGAGGCCGCUGUGAAGCCCAUCGAGCCCGAGAGCGUGACUGCUCCCGCUGAGGCUGAGGCUGCUAAGGACGCCGCUCCCGUUUCUCCCGCCGCUGAGACCCCCAAGGACAAGCGUCGCACCUCUUUCUUCGGCAACUUCGGCAAGAAGAAGGGUGACUCCGACAACGAGGGUGCCGAUGGCGAGCCCAAGCCCAAGGGCAACAAGCUUGGUGGCAUCUUCCGCAAGCCCAGCAAGGCCGUGAAGUCCGAGCCCAAGGAGGCCACCGAGGCUGAGGCUGCUCCCAAGGAGGCUACCGUCCAGGAGUCUCCUGCCGAGGAGAGUGCUAAGCCCGCUGAGGCUGCUCCCGCUGAGGAGUCCAAGCCCGUCGACGUCGCCACUUCUACUCCUGUUCAAGCUGCUGCAUGAAGUGCUUCUCGCAAGGAAGUCGAGUAUGAGAAAUGGUGGGACCAGCGAUAUUCGUAUCCCAAUCCUUCAACUACUCGAUGAUCAGUCGUUCUGGAAAAUGAAAAGCCCGGAA